GUGUGAGUGUGUGUGUGUGUGUGUGUGUGUGUGUGUGUGUGUGUGUGUACCUGUACCUGUCCUGCUCAGGUGGAGCACAUUGAGACGAGACGAUCUGGAGGUGAAGACGCAGAGACAACAGCAGGCGAUGAACCGCUGGCGGCGUUCGGUGGACGAGCUGCAGGUGCGGCGGCGGCAGCGCUGGGAGUGCGAGCGCGCACAGGAAGCGCUCAGCAAGGUCACUUCCUGUUUCCAGCAGCUGGCGGCGUCACUGGGCAGCGCCGCCGACAGCUGCUUCCUGAGGGAGGAGCUAGACCAGAGCCGCGAGCUCGCACACCGCAUCUGCACAGGUUUGUCCAGGCGUCUGAUUGGCCUGUUGUCAGACUGUGACUCCGCCCCCUCGCUGGCAGAGGAGAGGGAGAACGCCGAGCGGCUCUGGGUUCUCUUCCUGUCUGCGCUGGAGAACUUCCUGUCUGACCUCCACAAGGCCAGCGAUCUGAUUGGCCAGUUCCCGCUGACUCAGCGCCACGACCGCCGCUCGCUGGUCAACACAGGCUGCGCUGACAGCGUGGUGGGCGUGGCCGCUCGAGCCGCUUCCGUCCAGAUGCCGUGGCUGAGCGUGGAGGCGGAGCCUGGCCCGGACCUGGCCAAUCACGUGGCAGGACUGCAGGCGAUGCUGAGCGACAUGCAGCUGAAGGUGUCUGUCCCCUUCUGGUCGGUGGAGGCGACCCAGGCGGCGUGGGCGGAGGCGCGGCCCGGCGCCGAGCGGGACGACAGCCUGGAGGACCUGAUGGAGGUCGAGGUCGUCUCCCACGACAACAAGAUGGCCGCCUGCUGCCACCCGGCCUGCUGCCCGCUGAGCCGCGUGCUGUGACGUCACCAGGCCCCGCCCCCUGCUCCUCUAACACCAGACACAGGAUGAUGAUGUCAUU